GGAGUGAUUGAGAAAGAGAGAGAGAGUGAUGAAAAAGGAAGAGUACACGUGAUGAAAGCUGGUCAUCUUCGAUGAGUUUUGCAUUCCAGCUCCAGAACAGCAAAAUGAAGUUUCUUCUACCGCUAGCGGUCGUCCUAUGUUUCUGCCACGUGUCCGUGGCAUCAGUGGAGAAAACCCACGUACCGAAGAAAACAUACAUCGUGCACAUGGCCAAAUCCCAAAUGCCGGCGAGUUUCGACGACCACACUCACUGGUACGACUCGUCGCUCAAAUCGGUGUCCGACUCGGCCCAGAUCCUCUACACGUACGCCAACGUACUGCACGGGUUCUCUGCGAGGCUGACGGCCGAAGAAGCCCGGUCCAUCGAGGAUCGACCGGGCGUUCUGACGGUGCUGGAGGAAGUGAAGUACGAGCUCCACACGACUCGGACCCCCGAGUUCCUCGGGCUCGACAGGACCGCCGAUUUGUUCCCCGAGUCGGACUCGAUGAGCGACGUCAUCAUCGGGGUUCUGGACACCGGUGUCUGGCCGGAGAGCAAGAGCUUCGACGACAGCGGGUUGGGGCCCGUUCCGAGUAGUUGGAGAGGGGAGUGCGAAUCCGGCACCAAUUUCAGUUCAUCCUUCUGCAAUCGGAAGCUAAUUGGAGCAAGGUAUUUCUCUAAAGGCUACGAGGCCAUUUUGGGUCCAGUCGAUGAAACAAGGGAAUCAAAAUCACCACGAGACGACGACGGCCACGGAACCCACACAUCAACCACGGCGGGCGGCUCAUCAGUAGCCAGUGCAAGCCUAUUUGGCUAUGCCACUGGAACGGCGCGAGGCAUGGCCACUCGCGCCAGGGUAGCCGUGUACAAGGUGUGCUGGAUUGGCGGCUGCUUCAGCUCCGACAUACUUGCCGCCAUAGACAAGUCCAUCGACGACAACGUCAACGUCCUCUCCUUGUCUCUCGGCGGUGGUGGCUCUGACUACUACAGAGACAGUGUCGCAAUCGGAGCUUUUGCGGCGAUGGAGAAGGGCAUUUUGGUCUCAUGCUCCGCUGGUAACGCGGGGCCGAGUCCGUUCAGCCUUUCCAACGUUGCGCCAUGGAUUACCACGGUCGGGGCCGGAACCUUGGACCGUGAAUUUCCAGCCUAUGUUAGUCUUGGAAACGGAAUGAAUUUCUCUGGCGUGUCGCUUUACAAAGGUGAUUCGCUGCCUACGAAGAUGUUACCUUUUGUUUACGCUGGAAAUGCGACUAAUUCCACAAACGGGAAUCUUUGUAUGACGGACACAUUGAUUCCUGAAAAAGUUAAGGGUAAAAUUGUGUUGUGUGACCGUGGAGUAAAUGCAAGGGUUCAAAAGGGGGCUGUUGUAAAAGAAGCCGGUGGGGCCGGGAUGGUUUUAGCCAACACCGCUGCGAACGGGGAGGAGCUGGUGGCAGACGCCCAUCUGCUACCGGCUACGGCAGUGGGUCAGAUAUCCGGUGACAAAAUAAAGAGUUACCUAUUAUCAGAUACCGAUCCGACCGCCACAAUUCUUUUUGAGGGAACUAAAGUGGGCAUUGAGCCUUCACCGUUGGUGGCGGCGUUCAGCUCGAGGGGGCCGAAUUCGAUCACACCGGAAGUCCUCAAGCCUGAUAUUAUUGCACCAGGUGUCAACAUCUUAGCGGGUUGGUCGGGUGCAGUAGGGCCGACAGGUUUAGCAACGGACAAUAGGCGCGUGGAGUUCAACAUCAUUUCUGGCACUUCGAUGUCUUGCCCACACGUUAGCGGCCUUGCUGCCCUUCUGAAGGGAGCCCACCCGCAGUGGAGCCCCGCUGCCAUACGCUCUGCUCUAAUGACCACUGCCUAUGUUGUGUACAAAAAUGGUAGACCGAUUCAAGAUAUUGCCAGUGGGAAGCCAUCUACGCCGUUCGAUCAUGGUGCUGGACAUGUGGACCCCGUGUCAGCCCUUAAUCCGGGACUCGUCUAUGAUUUGGACGUGAACGAUUACUUGGGCUUCCUUUGUGCGUUAAACUACACCGCUGCACAAAUCAGCACACUCGCCAGGAAGAACUACACUUGUGACCCAACAGUGAAAUACAGUCUCACUAAUCUCAACUACCCUUCCUUCUCCGUACCUCUCCAAAGCGCUGUAAUGGGUCGUGGUGGGAGCGCCAGCGGUAGCGUUGGUUCCACUGUGGUGAAGUAUACCCGAACAGUCACCAAUGUUGGAGCGGCGGCGACAUACAAUGUGUCGGUUAGUUUGCAAAGUGAGUCGGUUAAGGUUUCGGUUGAGCCGGAUUCGUUGAGUUUCAGUGAAUUGAAUGAGAAGAAGUCUUAUACGGUGACGUUUACUGCUAGUUCGAUGCCAUCGAAUUCGUUCAGCUAUGGACGUAUUGAGUGGACCGAUGGAAAGCACAUUGUUGGAAGUCCGAUUGCGGUCACCUGGACGUGAACGGGUCAGGAAGAGGGAAUGUGAUUCGGUUCACUUUACUGGCUCGAAGGAGCAUCGAUGGUUGUUUUUAAGCUGUUUUCUUUCUGUUUUUUCUUUUUGGGAGAAAGAAUUGGGAAAAGCCAGAUUUGGUGUCUGAUAUUGUUCUGUGACAGAGAACGUGUGGGAAAUUAGGCAGAAGAUGUGUUUUUCUUUGUCAGUGUACAGAGUGUAAUUAAUUCUUUCCCUUCAUGUUUUUGUAUCGUCUUUUAAUGGAAUUACUUUGUUUUUUAACCUUUGUCAGGAAAUUAUGGAAUAGUAUUAACAAAGUGUUCCUAUCA